AUGGCAGGACGAUUGUUUCAACAAUUCUUGGUAGAUGUCUACACCAUGAUUGAGACAAAUAGACUGCGUUAUCUGCUUUUUAAUCAGAAGAAUCUUCGGUCUGAAAACUUCGACAAUAUUCAAAAAGCUGCUGACCAAGGGGAUUGUAAUUUAGCUGACCAAGGUAAACGAAUCUUUAUACCAUCUUCUUUCACUGGAGAUUCAAAAAUGCCUACCGGUGAAGAUAUUGACAAGUAUAUAAGUGCAGAACUUCCUGAUAAAGAUCUGGAACCGUACUUGUACGAAGUUGUAGGAGAUUCUAUGAUACAUGGGCCAUGCGGACCUGCUAAUAAAGCCAAUGUAUGUAUGAUUGAUGGCAAGUGUUCUAAAUUCUUUCCCAAGCCUUUUAGUGCAGUCACUAAAGUUGAUGAUGCUGGAUUUCAUAUUUACAAACGGAGGGAAGAUGGUAGAAUGGUUCACAAGAAAGGGUUUGAUUGUGAUAAUAAAUAUGUUGUUCCAUACAAUAAGGAUCUAUCACUUCGUUACCGUGCUCAUAUUAACGUUGAAUGGUGCAACCAAACACGAUCUAUCAAGUACCUUUUCAAAUACAUAUCCGCAUGUGAAGAUACUUGGAGAACUCUUGCUUUUCCUACUCACUAUCGGACUACAUCAGUAGAAAAACUAUCAUUCCAUCUCACAGGUCAACAACUGGUUGUUUACAAUGAAGAUGACCCCGUUGAAGAAGUACUAAAUCGAAUUUCUGUCGGGAAGUCCAAGUUUGUAGCCUGGAUGGAGGCCAAUAAGAUAUAUCCAGAAGCAAAAAAUCUCACUUAUGCAGACUUCCCAUCGUACUUUGUCUGGCAUCUAAAAACCAGAAUGUGGAAACCAAGGCGAAGGGGUUUUGCAAUCGGAAGGAUCACUUAUGUGCCACCAUCUUUAGGUGAAGUGUAUUAUUUAAGGGUUUUGCUAAAUAUAGUCAAAGGUCCAACAAGCUUUGAAGAGAUAAAAACAGUAGACGGCUUUAUCCACGAGACAUUCAAAGAUGCAUGUUAUGCAUUGGGUUUGCUGGACGAUGAUAAAGAAUACAUUGAAGCUAUUAAAGAAGCAAAUUUGACUUUAUCAGAAGAUCAAAUUAAGAGCUUAGCUUUGUGGGAGAUUGAAUCGCUCCUGCGUAUCAAUGGAAGCUCACUGGAAUUUUUUAAAGGUAUGCCGCGUCCAGAUGCUUAUGGGUGUGAUUCUGAUGUUAACACUUUGAUCAGUGACGAGCUAAACUACAACCAUGAUGAGCAAAGAGAAAAACACAGAGAGCUAUUAGCCAAGAUAACAGAUGAGCAAAGAGCUGUGUACCAAGAGAUACUAGAUGCAGUAAAUGGUGACAAAGGUGGUAUGUUUUUCGUUUAUGGUUUUGGAGGAAUGGGAAAACCAUUUUUUUGGAACAUCCUAGGUGCUGCAAUUCGAUCUUUAGGAGAAAUAAUAUUGAACGUGGCAUCCAGUGGAAUUGCUGCACUGCUUUUGCCAGGUGGCCGGACAGCUCACUCAAGAUUUGGAAUACCAAUUAAUGUACACGAUUUUACAAUAUGUACAAUGACAAAGGGUUCAGAUCAAGCAGAAUUGGUACAACAAGCUAAGCUCAUAAUUUGGGAUGAAGCUUCCAUGAUGAGCAGACACUGUUUCGAAACUUUAGACAGAAGCUUGCGUGACAUAAUGGGAUGCAAUGAGCCUUUUGGAGGUAAAGUUGUUGUUUUUGGAGGAGACUUUAGACAGAUUCAACCGGUAGUAACAGAUGGUGGUAGAGUAGAGACUGUUUUGGCUUCUCUGAAUUCAUCAUAUCUGUGGAAUAGUUGCAAGGUUCUAAGACUUACAAAAAACAUGAGACUUAUGGCAGGAAUUACUGAUAGUGAAGCUAAAGAACUUGAAGCUUUUUCUAAGUGGAUUCUAGAUAUCGGUGAUGGAAAUAUCAAUCAACCAAAUGAUGGAGAGGUUGAGAUCGAUAUUCCUGAAGAUUUGCUGAUAACUAAGUGCGAAAAUCCUAUAGAAGCCAUAGUGAACGAAGUUUACGGAACAUCAUUUGCAGAAAAACGAGAUCCCAAGUUAUUUUAA